GGGCGGGACCGAGCGGGGCAGCGCGCAGGCAGGGCCGCCCCUUCCUGCUGCCGGGCCGGGCGCUGCACUGAAGCACGUGCUGGUGCCCAGUCCUGGAGAUCGAGGUGCUGGUGGAGCACAGCACAGCAUCUCCCUAUUCAUCUGCCACAGCCCCACCAUGGAGGUCAGCCACUCAGUCAAGGAGCGCACCAUCGCCGAGAACAGCCUGGUCAUCCUGCUGCAGGGCCUGCACGGCCACGUCACCACCGUGGACCUCCGUGAUGAGAGCACGGCCACGGGGCGCGUGGCCAACGUGGACGCCUUCAUGAACAUGCGCCUGGCCGAGGUGACCUUCACAGACAGGCGAGGCGAGGUGUCACAGCUGGACGAGAUCUUUGUGACCGGCAGGAACGUGCGCUACGUGCACAUCCCCGACGAGGUGGACAUCAGGGCCACCAUCGAGCGGCAGCUGCAGGCCAUCCACCGCGUGCGCUACUUCGGGGGCCGCGACAAGGGCAGGAGGGAGUUCCCUCGUGCCAAGCACAAAUGAGCCCCACUGCCUCCUCCAUGGGACACCGUGUUUUUCUCCAAUGAACAACCCAACUUCAAAGGGUCGGUGAUCUUCAGCUCCAUCCCUGUGCAACUGGCAGCUACUCCUCUAUUCUCUUCUUACGGUUUCUCAGCUCUCAAAGAAAGCCCUUUUGGCCACAA